AUGGUGCGUCAAGAAGGUCAACCGACAUUAUUCUUAACAUUUAGCCCUAGUGAAUCAACUUGGACUGAUCUGUUAAAGAUUUUGUAUAAACUGCGUUACUCCAAAACGUUGUCUGAUGAUACUGUCCUAACUUAUGCACAAAAAUCAGAUUUAAUUCGACAAGACCCAGUUGUUUGUGCUACUUAUUUUGAUCAUAGGUUUAGAGCACUUUUUAAAUUGAUCAAGUCCAAAAAUGUUAUUUUCAAAGAACACAGUGUGAAACAUUUCUUUUAUCGUGUCGAAUAUCAACAUAGGGGCAGUCCACAUGUACACAUGCUAUUGUGGUUAGACAAUGCACCUGUUUUCGAUCCAGCCAAACCAGAAACUUUUGGUGCAUGUGUAACACUUAUCAACAAAUACAUUACGUGUAUGGUAGACGAUGGCAGUCCGGCCCAUGAGUAUUUGCAUAAAAAUACUCAUAGCCAUACACACACUUGUUACAGAACUGACAAAGAAAAACAAAUGAAAAAGUGUCGCUUCAACAUACCAUAUCCGCCAAUGGAUGAAACCUGUAUAUUAACUCCGUUAAAAGAAGACAUAAGUAAUCCGAUCAUAAGAAAAAUUCGUACCCUACAAUAUGAAAAACUUCUGCAAUACCUCAGGGACUUCAAGGACAGUGAUUCAUCUUCAGAUCCAUCAUUAGAAGACAUUUUACAAAAAUUACGGCCAACAGUUUUUCUAAAACGUACAAUAAAACAACGAAUGAUUUCUGGAUUCAAAGAAAAAUUAUUUCCGUUAUGGCAAUCUAACAUGGAUAUACAGUUCAUAUUGGACGUUUAUUCUUGUGUUAGAUAUGUAAUCGAGUAUAUUGGAAAAAGCCAACGUGGAAUAUCAAAACUAAUGAGAGACAUUGUCGAAAAUCUUAAGUCUUCUACUGAUUUAUCGGUUAAAGAACAACUGAAAAAAAUAGCGUCAACUUUUUCAGGGAGUCAAGAAAUCUCUGCACAGGAAGCAGUGUAUACUUGCUUAGGUAUGAAGCAAUGCAAUACUUCAACUGGGUAUAUAUUUAUAAACACUAGCCAUCCUGAUAAAAGAACUCGAAUGUUGAAACCAAUGGCAGUUAGAGGAGAAAUGGAUCCAAAAUCUGACGACAUUUUUUUUGACGGUCUCAAUGAAUACUAUUCAUGUAGACCACAUAGUCUUCAAGAUGUAACUUUAGCAGAAUUUGGCUCCAAUUAUGAAGUUCGCGGUAAAAAAAAACCGGCUAACAACAGUUCUGAUUCUGACACUGAUAAUGAACCUGAUACCACUUAUCCGAUUGACUCCACUCUAAUCGGAAAACCAAACAAGUAUAUACAUAAAAGUAAAAUCAGAAAAAUCAUACGGUAUGUUAGGUUUAAUGUGGAUAAAAAUGAACAAGACUUUUACAGAGAAAAUAUUAUGUUAUUUUUACCAUGGCGCGAUGAAAAAACUGAUUUGUUAGAUAUUAACUGUAAACAAGUGUAUGAAACAAACAUUGAUCAAAUAAAAAAGUUGUACCAACAGUUUAAUAAAGUAGAAGAAACCCAAUUAGACGAUAAUGAAAUUCAAAUAGAAGGAGAACAAGGCCGUAACAAUAAUCAGCUUGUAGACGAUGAAGAUUGGGUACCAGACGAUGUACUAAUAAACGAAGUUGGAGAUUAUGUUGAAAAUACCAAUACAUCAGAUGUAGAUUCACCUAAAGAUGAUGGUAAGAUAAUAGUGCACCUGAUAGACAAUGAACAGUUUAAAGACUUAAUCGGAUGUCUAAAUGACGGUCAACGCCAACUCUUAUAUCAUACAACUAAUGUCAUAAGAAGUCUAUUGUGGGGAAAAGGUCAUCCUGCGAUGAAGGUAUUUGUCACUGGACCAGCGGGAGCUGGAAAGUCAAUGCUUAUACGUGCAUUAGCACAAUCUGUAAUUCGGAUAGCAAAUAUUAGACCAGAUAUAGAUGAUCUGUCACUUCCUCCCGUAUUGCUGACAGCACCAACAGGUAAAGCUGCAUAUGGAAUAAAAGGAUUAACACUUCAUUCCGCAUUCAAAUUACCAUUGAAUCAAAUUGCCGGAUUGUUACCAAAGUUAAGUUCAGAUAUUUCAAAUACACUACGUUGUCAGUUUGCCAAUGUAAAACUUUUGAUAAUUGAUGAAAUUUCCAUGGUUGGCAUAAAAACACUGGGAUACAUUGAUCAACGAUUGAGGUCUAUAUUAAGAAUAAAUAAACCAUUUGGGGACAUAAAUGUAAUAGUGUUUGGCGAUUUCUUUCAAUUAGCACCGGUAUUAGCAACACCAUUGUACGAUAGUUUUGAAGAAAUAUUGUCUAAAUUUCCAAGUGCUGUAGAAAUGUUAUCGAUUAAAUCUAUUUGGGAAACAUUCAAGUUUUAUGAGUUGACUGAAAUAAUUCGCCAAAAAGAUGACAAACAAUUUGCAAUGAUGUUAACAAAGUUGGCCAGAGGACAGUUGGAGGAAGCUGAUGUAAAAUAUUUUCAAAAUCUUAUAACCCACCUAGACAUUACUUUUCAACUUCAAGUAAUGCAUCUUUGGGCUACUAAUAACGAAGUCGACGAAAUGAACAGGAGAGUGCUUAACUCUAUGAAUCAAGUUAGUUUUAUAUCCGAAGCCAUUGAUACGUCUGCAAAACGAUCGGAUAUUGAAUCUGCCAAGAAACUGCCACGACAAAAGACUAUGGGUUUAGCUUUAAGGUUACUUUUAAAAGAAACAGCUAAAUACAUGGUGAUAGCAAACAUUUCAACCGAAGACGGCAUAGUGAACGGUGCAAUCGGAGAACUCAUGCAAAUAAACAAAGGACAGACUGCAGGAGGUAAAGAAGUUGCAAAAAGAGUUUGGAUCAAGUUUGAUGAGUCAGAUGUGGGGUCACUAACCAGACAGAAGAUAAAAAACAAACUAAAACCCGAAGGCGAACACACAGAUGAUAUGUGCAAGUGGACACCAAUUGAAAUUAUAAAAUUAGAAUUUCAACUUGGUAAUGUAGAACACCAUAAAGUAACUAGAAUGCAAUUGCCCUUAGUGGAAGCUUUGGCAAUGACGGUACACAAAAGUCAAGGUGCCACAUAUCAAUCUGUAGCAUUUCAUAUACCCCAAAAAUUCUUGAAGUGCAAUAUGUUAUAUGUAGGAUGUAGUCGAGCAACUUCUGCUCAAGGUUUGCGUAUAGAUUACUUUCCUGCAAAGCCACCAAAACCUUCUGCAAAAGUUGAACAUGAAAUGUGCAGACUCAGGACACCAAGUUGUGCUCUUAUUCCGCGCUUUUCUAGAAUUGUGACACACAACAUGCCACUCUCCUGCAUGUCACACAAUAUAAGGUCUUUUAAAAAAUAUGAAGCUCAUAUUAAUGCGGAUACCGUUCUUUUACAAUCUAAAAUAAUGUUCUUCCAAGAAACUGGUUCAAAAUCAACUGACACAUAUACCAUUAAGAACCAUACUGAAUGCUGUAGAAUAGACAGUAUACAUGCAAAUGGUAAAAGUGGUUCAAUUUGUUUUGUUGGAGAAUCCAUUAAUCAUAAAGAAAUAAUCUGCAGCACAACAUUGCUUCAAGAUCAAAAGAAAAAGACACACUUAGAAGCAAUUGAAAUCAUCAUUGAAAAUAUUACCUAUAUUGGGAUAUAUUCAUCGCCAAAUUUUCCUGUACAGAAGCUUUGUGAUUUCAUUGAAACGGUAGCUUCCACCAAAAACAAUGUUAUCUUUAUUGGUGAUUUCAAUGUAAACUUCAACAAACCGCCAAAACAACUAGUUCAAAUAUUAAAACAUUUCAAUUACAAAAUAUUGGUUGACGGUAUUACUACAGAUCACGGAACAACCAUUGACAAUGUCAUUACAAAUGUUGACAUUGCAGCUUUGGUGUACGAGUCCCUCAUAAGUGAUCACAGACCUAUUCUGGUUAUGGACAUAGAUACUUUCAAGGAAAUAGAAAAAUAUUCUGAGACUGUUGAUGACCAAAUUGUACAAGAAGAAGUCAAAAACAAUUUUAUUAAACCAAACGUUCCUGCAAUCGAUGGAUUUCCUGUAGAAAAAUCCAAAAAAUCGAUUAAAUCAACUAAGGUCCUGAAUAAUAAUAAUAAGUUGGACGAUAUUGAGUUUAUACAGGUCAAUAGUAAUACUCUCAAAGUUCCAGAAAAUUGCAACAUAAGGUCAGAUUCAUUAUUAGAAACAAUAAGUGAUAAUGCAACUAUGUCAAAAAAUCCAAAAACAAUAAAAAUAUCAAGUAUUAAGAAUAAAGUUGACAUAACAUCAAGUAGUAUAUUUUGUGGCUUUACUAACAUUGAUGGUGUAUCAUGUUAUGCUAAUUCUGUCAUACAGGUUCUUUUUAAUUGCCAAUCUCUUGUAAAUGAAAUUCGCAAUAAUCAACUUGGACCAACACUUCAACAUAGCUUACACGAAUAUACAAGUAACAGUGGGUUAUGUGAUACUCGAACAAUCAGAGAAUAUUUGGACAACGAGACAAUAUUAUAUACUCUGCAACAGCAACAAGAUUGUAUAGAAUUUUUAGAAGCACUUAUGGACCGUAGUAGACCUACAUUUGAAUCUUUAUUUGGAUUUCGAGAAUUGUAUACCAUUCGUUGCAAUACUUGUAAUCAUACGUUGGCCUUCUACACACGGAGCUAUUAA